GCCCUCUCCAUUUGUAACUUCUGCUUGCUUACGUGAAGGAAUAAGCGCAUCACCUCUUUUCUUCUCCUCCGUAUUCUUCUCCAGCUGUGGAGAAUUGUGAAAAUGUGGUGGUUUCCCGUUUGCAUCUUACUUUCUCCUCGAUCCGAUCCACAAUUCGCGCGCUGAUUCUAAUUCGUCGUCGCUGCGCAACUCGUUCUGCGCCGCCUUCUGUGAGCAACUGAACUCUCUCCCGCCCACUGAUUUCCUUGUUCGUUCAUUUCCUUGUCUUUGGAAUUUCUCUCGAUCUGCUUCGUUAAUUUUCCCCGCUUCCGGGGGAUUAGUCUCAGUCAUGUUUUAUGGUUCAAUUGUAUGGGAUCCAUGGCUAAUUGUCGCCCAGAUCGUGUGCCUUCAAUGCCUCUACUAUCUCACCGUCGGACUCUUCCUCUCCAUUCUCGUUGGGACCCGCGUUUCUCGACUCAGUCUCGUCUAUUUCUUUGAUUUCGUCACCGUCACCGCGUCUUCCGUCACUGGAUGGUGCGUUAUCGCCUCCUUCUUGCUCAGCUCCCUCGCCGGGAGCUGGAUUUAUGCUUUAUUUGAUUGAGAGGGCAAAGAAGUGCUUAGACUUUUCCGCAACCAUCUACAUCAUCCAUCUCUUUAUAUGCUUGACAUAUGGGGGAUGGCCUUCUUCUCUGACGUGGUGGGUUGUGAACCUUACUGGACUUGCAGUGAUGGCAUUGCUAGGUGAAUACCUUUGCAUUAGGCGUGAACUACGAGAGAUACCUAUUACCCGAUAUCAUCGACCAAAUGUUUGAGGUAUGUAGACAGCCUUCCCGACUAUAGAUCCCAUUCCUUCUUCAGAACUCAACAUUGGGGAUAGACAGACAUUCACGAGCUUUUGAGGAGCUCCUGCUUCCUGCUAUUGAGAGGUCCGAAGUGGCAAUAGGAAGAAGUAAUUUUUAGCCAAUAUAGGAUCCUUCUUUAUCUUAUUGUGCCCGAAAGAAGUAACAGAGGAAUGGCCACUCCACAUUUGGGGUUGGUUCUUAAUGAGUGGGAAAGGGAGCUCCGAGAAUAGG